AUGAUCAGCUCCGGCUCGAUUAAUAGAGGCCUAGUAUCGUGGUCGAAGACUGGUGUGAUUGCAUAUGUGGAUAACGAGUCUGAUCAUUCCAAUCUGUGUAUAACACUAUUGGAAACCAUCAAUGGCACCAACUGGAGACUGCGACCGUGUAAGAAAUAUACUAUCCAUCCUGAAAUGAUGCAGACACCAAAUACAGCUAACGGCACUAGUGCGGCCAUUAGUGGGAGCAGUGGUGGCGCUCAAAAAACAUUUAACUAUUUGAACUCCAUCCAUUGGAACAACACUCACAAUCUUCCAGGAGACCAAUUGGCUCUCUUUGAUGACGUGGGGAACCUCACGGUGGCGAGUGCCGGUCAGACAUUGGAGGGGGUCUCGACCCUCGACAACUUAGUGAUACUAUUCCAGGACAAUGGCUACAAAAUACAUAGUCAAAUUGUUCCACUGCAAGAGAGCUCAUCCGACAAAAAGAUUACUCGCAGCCCUAUCAAGCGGGAAACUCACAGUACAAUUGUAGAAUUCUAUUGGAUUGGUACACAUACACCCAUCUUCACGUUAGCAGGGGUACGCAAAGACCCGACAACGUCAUGCUAUAAGAGUCAGGUAGAGCAAUUUCAGCCACUGGGGAUCACUCAUCCGACAUCCGUCAAGUGCGCCUGCCUGGGACUAAGACGCGGGGGCCAAUUAGAUUUUUGGUACCAGUUCUCCAACUCAAAAGACUACAAAAAAAUCUCUCUACAUUUGAGUAGCAUCCAGGAAUCUCGAAACAAGCAGGUCGAUUGGAUUCAUUGCGGCAAGUUUGCUCAAAUGGACGAACCCCAAGCUAUGCUUAUAGGGACCUUUUCCAAACUUUCAGGAACACUCGUUUUUUACAAGCUCACAGUUGACUGGAACGUUCCCUCUCAAAACUCUGUGCCUGAUCCAAAGUUGCAGCUGCAACACCUCUUAGAAUUCCGUCCACAGUUCGUGAGCGAAAGACAAGAGCUCAUUGAGCUGAAGUGCUUUGAACUGCUGUCGGCACCUAAUGACAAGAGUUAUGGCAUCGAAUUACUCCUCAACUACGAAGUCACAGGGGCUUCACGAUCCAUAAUUAAGCGCUACAAGAUUCGGAAAUUCACACCCUCUCCUGAACUUUGUGCCGUGUUUGGUGUUGUAAACAAUGAAGAGCAACCUUUACCACUAUGCGAUUAUACAUUCGAGGAACAAAGUAGCUAUGAGUUUGAUUCGUCAACCUGCGCUAUUGAACUUAACGCUACGGAAGAUUUGGUGACUUUCAGAUUCAAAAAUGGCCGUAGUACGAUUUAUAAUAGAACUACAUGGACUUCUGAUCAAGAUUUGGCAAAAGUACAAAAUCGCGACUCAAUUUCAUCACCGUUCAGUACUGGAAUACGAAUGCCCAAAACACCCCCCACUGGCGCCUUUGAAUGGUCGCAAGCAUCCCCUUCUUAUGGUUUGCUAAUUUCAAAAGUGGUUGGUCAAGAAUCAUUACACUUUGAUCCCGUUGAGGCCCCCGUCACGGACAAUGCUGAAGAUGACGUUUCCGUGGCCCUGGGGUUUGCAUAUGCUUUUGUUUGCUCGGGUCACCGGCAGUCGUCUGGUGAAGAUCUCUCGAUCGCUAUCAAAACGCAUUUACUGAAGUUGGGUCAAGUCAGUGAAGACCGAGCUGAGAAGUUUUUGAAGAAUUUAAUUCUAAUCGUUUAUCAAUUGUUUGGCCUCACUCCCGAUGCUUCAAAAGAAUUCAAGGACAAGCUGACAAUGAGCCGCCCUGUACAGAAAGCCAUGCUAUUGCAAACGGAACUAGCAUGUUCUUUCAACCACAAUAGCAUUUACAAUAUGUCGCGGACUGCGCUCUCACUGAGAAAUAUCCUUUUCGCAUUUAAUGGAGUCUCUCGAAACAUUCAGGUUUUGAUUCAUCACAGCGCUACGAUGAAUUUCCAGCAACCCAAUGGGAAAUUGUACCAAUUUGCGUUCUCGAAACAAGAUUUGAUAUAUUCGUUAAUCCCAAGCGCUAAAUGGUUUGUGAAAUUGGUGACUUUUCUCACUCAACAGCUGAUUGUUCUAAUCAAUUCACCAAAUGACAAAGAAAAUACUCUCGUUCUCGGAAUUCUGGGCUCUAAAAUGACACGACAGCUAUUACUUUCAGUACUGGGUGAAAUUAAAAAAGUCAUUCAUCUCAUAACCAAGUUCCCGGAAACCUCAUUCCCGGUGCUCAACGAGUCCUCAAUAUACUUGCGCAAAAUUCUGGGCGACUCUCCGGUGAAUUUCGAGAAGUUUGAGACCUUCUUGGCCGACGUCAACACCAAGUUUUCGUUGCUUGAAGAGAGUCGCUCAGCCAAGAGUACAACUAGAGACACAUACCUCAUUAUAGAUGGAGAUAUUCCACCUGAAGUAUCACAGUUGAAAGAUUUUCUACUGUCUUAUUCAAACACGGCCGUGCUUUCUCACAUAAAGCCUGCUGAGGUUUACUUUUCUGACACCCGUGGUCUCCGCAUUCUGUCUUCAGAGAUGUUCCAACCGCGUUUUCUCAAGCUUUUGCAACCUCUCGAGGACGGCCUUGUUGUUCGCAGCGACGUAUUUUCCAACGAUGUUCCUUCGAGUUCGCUGGGCGUUUUCGAAACCGACGACAUUUCCAGAGAACCGCUUGAAUUUGGAAAAUACAAAGUAAAGCGGUGUUGCAGAUGUGGCGCUGUUACUCGCGCGGGCUAUCCUGUCACUUCUGAAAAUACUAUAUUUUCCACGAGUGUCACUACAAAGCGCUGGACAAGUCUAUACACCAAGUCCUGUAUUUGCUCUGGACUUCUUUAUGAACUCGAUAGAAGCACUCUUGACUGA